AUGUCGUCCGAUCUACACACAUAUAUCAGCGAUAAUGUUAUCCAGUUCUUCGGUCUCUCGGACAAGGCUAUAAUCGACUAUAUCAUUGCAUCAGCAUCCUCUGCGAAGAGUGCCGAAUCGUUAUUCUCCACGCUCAGCGCUUACGGUUUACCGGCCACCCCCGCGGCACAGAACUUUGUCACGGAAGUAUACAGCCGCGUACCACGGAAGACUAAGCACAAGAAAGCAGAUGACCUCGCGAGGAAGCAGGCCGAGAAGGAGAGCCAGGCUCUGCGCACACAGAAGUACUCCUUCGUGCUGGACGACGAU